AUGGCGCGCACAAAGCAAACAGCUCGGAAAUCCACAGGCGGCAAGGCUCCAAGGAAGCAGCUAGCAACAAAGGCGGCGAGGAAAUCCGCUCCGGCCACCGGCGGCGUGAAGAAACCACACCGAUUCCGCCCAGGGACGGUGGCGCUGAGGGAAAUCAGGAAGUACCAGAAGAGCACAGAGCUUCUAAUUCGGAAACUACCAUUCCAGAGAUUAGUCAGAGAAAUUGCUCAGGACUUCAAAACUGAUCUACGGUUCCAAAGUUCCGCCGUGGCCGCUCUUCAGGAGGCGGCGGAGGCGUACCUGGUGGGGCUUUUCGAGGAUACAAAUCUGUGCGCAAUUCAUGCUAAGAGGGUAACUAUUAUGCCUAAGGAUAUUCAAUUAGCUAGAAGAAUUAGGGGUGAAAGGGCUUAG